GAGACGUCAGUCUUUUUAAGAACAACUAGAAGAAGAACGGGAAAACGAUAAUUAUUUGUAAUUUUCUUGUAAAUAAUUUUUCACAUGUCCAAAUUUGCUUAGUAAUAAGAAAAGAACAUGUCCGCCCGUAUGCUAAAGAAGCUGCAAGGCGGAGCCGAUAAGCUGGCGCCACCGCCAGACGACGAAUUGGACAAUGACCACUUGACUGACAAUGAUGAGCUGGACACGGCCAGAGGGAAUACGCAUUUAAAUCCAUUUGAUUUGCUAAAUCAACAAAGUCUAUCGGAGAGCGAAUUUAAGGAAGACGACAAUGAGACGGAACAUCCAUCGGCAGCUCUGCCAGCGAACAGCGUUGCAAAGAAGAAGAAGAAACGCAAGAAGAAAGUCAAAUCGCAUGGCAACCACAUAAGUAGUGAAGAUAACGAACGUCCAGAUAAAUACAUUGAAAGAGCUGAUCCGCUCUAUGGCAAACUCUAUGAUGCGUUGCCAAAGCAGUUGGAGAAAAAUCCUGGACAACAACUGGCAAGCAGAAAACUGCUUACAGUGGAGCUCAAACAUCUGAAUCAACAGAAUGAAAUGCGGCGCACUUUCGGCAAGCGCGUUGUCAAAGUUGAAAAUAAGCGUGGUCGCCAGAAGCCAACACUAAAAUCCACUUACAUGAUAACUGCAAAGUGUUCAUGGCCGCCAUUGACCAAGAAUAUCAUCUCAAUGAAACUGAUACCAACGCCUGAAAUACCGAGCACAUCCUCGAGGAGUCCAAAACAGCAACUGAAAGACGAGGAUAAUGGUUCAGGGCAAUGGUUCAGCUUCCAGCACAGUCAGUACUAUCAAGGUGUACAACACAUGUUUCUAUCGGCACUGGAACGCAUAGAUUCCGAAUUUUUGAUAACGCUUAUCAAACGCUGUCCCUACCACGUCGACUCACUUGUCCAGCUGAGUGAGGUGUGCAAAAUGACGGAGGACUUCGCACUGGCCUCCGAGCUGAUUGAGCGUGCUCUGUUGCUCCUGGAAUCCUCGCUGCACAUCAAUUUCAGUUUAACAUCGGGGAAUUCCCGAUUGGAUUAUCGGCGACAGGAGAAUCGCGCUUUUUUCAUUGUGCUGUUCAAGCAUGCUCAGUAUCUGGAGGAGCGUGCCUGUUGCCGCACCGCAUUUGAGAUCUCCAAGCUGCUGUUGAGUCUGCAGCCGGAUGUUGAUCCCUUGGCCAUGGUCCUGGUCAUCGAUUACUAUGCAUUGCGAAGCAAACAAUUUGGCUGGCUAGUGGAAUUCUAUGAGCAAUAUAAUGCGACCCGUAAUCUUGCCCAGCUCCCGAACAUGGCUUACUCCUAUGCCUUGGCUCUCUACACGCUCCAUGGCAGUUGUGCGCGUGCCAACGAGGCUCUGCAAUAUGCGCUGCUCAUGUUCCCGGGUCUACUGCGUCCGCUCCUGGACGAGAUGUCCGUGCAAACAGACAAACGUGUGCUUGCCUCAUCAUAUUUCUUUGCCGAUGUGUCUGGCAAUCAAUCACCUGCGUUGCACCAACUCGUCUGUUUGUAUGUGUGUCGUGCCAAGAUUGUGUGGCGUCAGAAUGAUGUGCUCACUUGGCUGGAGAGCAAUGUAAAUACUGCACUGGAUCGCAUUGAAGCCAAGGAUCCGCUUAUUAAUGACUGCAAAGAAAAGCGUUCUGUACGCUACGGCGGUACACCACCGCGUCCCAUUUUGCGUCAUGUCAUCCUCUCCGACUACAAGGAGAAAGUGCCCUUGGCCGUGUUUGUAUCUAAAGAAAAGCAGGCCAUCAUGACUUACGAUCCACUGCCGCCUGUUGACAGUGUCAAUUGCUAUCAGCGUAAAUCAUCUUCGAGCAGCAGUCCCACAACGACCGCCAACAACUCUGUAUCAAUGUUUUUCCAAUCGCUUUUGCCAACAUUUAAUUUGAAUAACAUUGCUGCCGCACAACAACAACACCAACCUGAGGUAGCUGGUGCCGCUGUAGCUGGAGCAGGAGCUGUUCCUCCUCCUCCCCCUGCUGCUGCUCCUCCUCUGCUAGGCUUUCCAGAGCCAGAACCAAUCGCCCAUGGCGGCGAAGCUGAAGCUGGUCUACAGCAAUCGCUGACAUUGAUGAUGGAUGCUAUGCGGGAUUUUCUGCAGAGCUUUCGGAUUGCUGAACACUUGCGAUCACCGGAAACAGCCGUUGCCCCAUCGAGUAGCAGUAAUGAUGACGAGGAGGAAGGAUCCAGUGACUAUGUUGAUUAGAGCCGCCUACACCCUAUUCUAAUAAUAUUCUUUCUUAUUACAUACCAUACUAUUGUACCCUCCUCACAGCCACUUAAAGUUGAUAACUUGCACCGCAUUGUUAUCAGAAUCAAAUGAAAACAGUUUAAUAAUUGCAAAGCUUUGUGUUCGAGUGUUUUUAAAAAACACUUUGUUUUCUUACGCUUAAGCGACAGUCACAAAAUUUGAAUAUUAGAAAAUGUUUAUUACUCAUGUGUAUUCCAAAUAUGUAAUACAUUAAUAAAAUUUCCUGUCAAAGCUUUAGAACAAAA